UGUUCUUCUCUCUCUUUUGCCUCCCUCUCUCUCUGCUCUCUUGGACCUCUCUGGCUAUCUCGCCCUGCCCCCACUCCUUGGGGCCUGCUUUGGGCUGUGCCUGCAGCUCUGAGCAGGGCCCCAAAUAAACCAGAUAUCCUAAGACCGGGCUCUAGAGAUCUCUCAUCUCUGUCUGUCCUGACCGUCCUGGACCAGCGCUCGCCACAGACCAGGGCAGUGGAGGAGUCACCAUCCCUGGAGGAGCCUGGAGGAGGCGGCGGCGUCGGUGGGACGAGGGCCGGAUCCCGCGGGCACCGCCGGAGGAAGGGGCAGCCCGGCGGCCGGGGACCGUGCGCGGCGGGGCCACGCUUCCAGCAUGCUGCUCGCACGGACACCGCCCCGCCGCGCCGAGUCCCAGACGUGAAGCUGUCUGUGCUCUCCUGGGGACGAGGGGACAACCUGUUAGAAGCAGACGUGGUUCUGAUUUCCUCGGAAGAAGCACAAAAGGAGAUGUUCUGUUUUUUGAAAAUAACUGGAGCCACUGGCAAGAAGCAGUGACACUGCAUCAAACAAGGGAACCACUUCCAGGUUAUCAAAACAUGCUGUUGAACUGAAUUUUGCAGCUGCAUUUUCCAAUGUACCAUGGGAUGCAUCAAAUCCAAGGCUGCCUUCCAAGGUUCCAACGCUGUCCAGGAUGAGAGGAUCGGGGGAGGCGGCGAGGGCUGCACUGGGGAGAAGUCGUCGCUGCUGGCGGUGCAGGCGGAGGAGAAGGGCCCCUCGAGCACCAUCGUGCUGGACUACGCGCAGCGGCUGUCGUGCGAGAUCCUGGAGCAGGCGGUCAAGCAGUGGGCGGUGACCGAGAGCAAGUACAGCGACAUCCCCUUCAUCGAGAGCGACGUGCCCUGAGCUCUCCGGGGCCAGCCCGGCUGCGAGCGCUCUGUGCGUGCUGCCAGUGCAGAGAAAGCACCCCCAGCUGUCCUCUGAGCAUCGCUGUGGGGAGGUGUCUGCAGGGAGAGCCUGAGAAAAUUUGCCCUUCGGCGUAGAUUGCUAACAAACUAGUUGGAUCACAGUAGAACCUGUUCAUCAAGUGUCAUUCGUUGUCAGCCACGUGUUGAGUAUAUUCUGUCUUUGUAUGUGUUGGAUGUGACCAGAAAUUAGCGUUAAAAGGAGGAUGAGAAGACUGUGGCUGCCCUGCACCUCUACAAGCACUGCCACGGAGGACAAAAUGUGGAUUAUUUCUAUGUUCUGCAUAAAAGAUCAGUGGUCUGUCUGUAGGUGGGAUGAACUCUCUGUGCUUGGUGAAUUUGUCUGCGUUUCGCUAAAGUGAAAUCAAGGUCUGCAUGUAGCAAAGGUUACUGCCAUCAUAAAUUUUACUUUUGAUUCUGUGACCUAACUAAAUCUGUAAAAUCACAAAAUGAAGGUGACAGGAGGCACUUUGUAAACCCCAGUAGUAUUCAGGGAGCCAUUUGGAUGAUGAUGCUAUUCACCUUCCAUUGAAGUGAACCAGUGAGAAACAUGCCAGUGUUGAUAAGCAGUGCAUUAUCAUUAACAGAUGCUUCUGUAAAUGCAUGAAAGCUUUUCUCUAAAAGCCUGCAGUAAGAUAGGUUAAUAACAUCUGGUCGCUGUGCUCAGACCAAAGCUGUUUGUUUUUUUGAUUUUGUUUGGGGUUUUUUUUGUGUUAGGGUGCCCGUUUGGGAGGAUUUGGUUUUGUCGUUUUACCAGAGAGAUGUGCAAAAACUACUGAUGGUAACUAGUGAAAGGAACCUUCAAAGGUGUGACAGUGCUUUAGGACAAUUUGUUUCACGGGAGCUGUGGUUGCAUUACACUGCAAUUCCUCUCUGAAGUACCACCCUUGGGACAGGAUGUCUUCCUUCAGCUUCUGUAGGCUGCUGCUUCCCCAUUGGAAAACCUGUUCAUGGCAAUGCCAGCAGGAGCCACAGGAGCACUGAGCAGUGCCCUGAAUGCAGAGUUAGAAACUAAGCCUUAGGCCCAAAGCUCAAGGGCUGCAUUUCUCCCCCAGUGCAUCCACACGCUGCUCCCUGCUUGCCCAGGACUCGCAGCCUGACCCACUGCACUCACAGCUGGCAUCUGACAGAUCAGGACACCGAUGGAUUCUUUUCAUUCAUCCCAAAGGUACAAUGUUGCUGAGGUUUAUACAAAGUGAAGGCCUUCUAACAGCUUGGCUUUUACCACCUGUUUGUUCCUUUCUCUGUGCUGCCCAGCUUAAAAGACGUAGUUCUUUUUCCUAGAUCAAAAUGCUUUCCAUUUUGUUUUAAUUUUAUAAAGAAAUGCUUUCCAUACCGGCUAAAGCUGUUACUAUUUUUAAAAGGUACACAUAGUUCUAGUAAACGAUCCAAAGCAGUAUUUUUCAAGCAAUGGGAAGCAAGCAGAAAGAGGACCACGUCAAAUGGUGUAGAAAGUUUAUGAAUUGAGCUGUUUUUCAAAUGUUGUGACACAAAUGUAGAUAUUUGAAAUUCCCCUGUAUGGGGAAGUGGUUUUAUCGGGAAUGAAUGGUGAAAAAUGCUUCUCUGUGACACAGCACAAGGUUGCCAUUAAAUCCCAGUGGCCAGACUGGAUUCCCAGUGACCUGCUAUUAAGGCUGUUCUCAGGCUUUUGCUGGAAAAGGGAACAAAAUCAGCUUAUGCUGUAAUGUUGUCCUCUUUGAAGUUACGUAGUUGUCUUCAAAGCCGUUUGCAAAGUGGGACUAAGGUUUUAUGGUUCACUUAAAUUCUCCUGCUAAGAGUGAUGUUCCUUCAAGUUCUACACCAUAUAAAACAUACUGUUUGCUCUAAAAUACCUCCAUAUAUUAGUGUGAGUUAGAAAGCAAAGCCAAAUGACUGAUCAAGUCAGUACAUAUCAAUUGGAUAUUGCUUAAGCACAGUAUUAAAAAAGAUUCCUAUUCUUACUCUUGCUAAAAUAAAGCUUUAUUACAAAAAAGAAAAAAGGGCCAACCUUUCUAACAUGAGUGUGGGCUUGAGAAUGUGAACACUGCUAACCACAGUAAUUAAAAAUAAAAAACCAAAGCUCCACAGCCAUUGUUGGCCAGGCAGGUGAGGAGCAGGUAGAAAACUGCACUCACUGUCAGAGCACCUUGAGGUGGAUCUGCCCUGGCCCUUGCACAAAGCACCCUGGUGGUUGCCACAGGCAGUGAGGUGUUGCAGUGCUUCCUGUUGCCACGUCUCAAAUCCUUCCUCUGGAUGUAGCCUUAGCAUCUGACACUCUUUAGGAAUAUCAGAUGCACUUUUGAAAGCAGUUCCCUGCUGGCAGGCUGCCACUGCACGGUCCAACAGCAGGCAGAGUUAUAAAACAGCCUGAGGUUCCACCACAGCAUCCCUUGUGAUCAGCACUGGGAACUUCCCCGGAGGAGGAGGUCGCCCAGGCACCCUGAACAUGCCCCAAGGACUGCUCCCCUGUGCAGGAGCUGCUGUGUGGGGUGGCUGCCCUGCCUGCCCCAGAGCUGCCCACGGGGUGACUCAGCACCAGCUGCUUGUGGCCCAACCAGUCCCUCACCUGCAGCCACCAACCUCGGCCCUCACUGGUGCCUGAAGAUUAUUACAGCAUUCAGAGUGGCCCCAAGUGCAAUUCCAGCUGCUUUAGGAUGCUUUCCAUGACACUGGCACUUCAGGGAAGGCAUGCAGCAAAUGGAAAGCAAACAACAGGGAGACAGCUUCUCACCAGGAAAAUCAUCUCUUGUACAGGAUGCUGUCCUUAUAAAUAAUGCACUUACCCUUAAUAGAAAAUAAAUCUGUUCAGUGCUACGGUCUGGUAAGAGAUGGAGGGAGAUCCCUCUCCAGAGUUCUGCUGUACAUUUAACAGGCUCAAUACUAAUACAUUGUAAAAAUGAAGACUUGUUCACCUAAAUACAUUUAUGCUAAGCUGUGUUAGUUUUAGAGCUACUGACAGUGGGUUUCCAGCUAAGUUAUCACUGAUUCUUUGACUUGAUUUUGUGUAAUAAAGGCACUCCAGUUUGGGACUGGCAUACUCUGCAAAACUGUUUACUUCUAUUUAGGAGUUAAAAAUACAUUUGCUUUAUAUUUUCUCCAGGAAACAAGAUUAAUCUGAGUGGAUAUGAUGUGACUGACUUGAUAUUCUAAUAAUGGUUCAAAAUACAUUAACUGCAGCACAACUUUGUAAAGUUGACGUUUCUGGACUAAGGCACAUCAGUAUUCCCAAAUAAAACACACUACAAUAUAUUUUUACAAUAUUUUUUGUGGAAAAUAUUUUCUUGUGGACCAAAUAAAAUUCAACUUACCAUCUUG